GCCAGGCGCCACGACGCGACACACAAGCGGGAGCUGUUCGCCACUUUACAUCUUACAAACUUCCCAAACAUCGUCAUCAACUACGUCUAAGGUGUCAAGGAUACGGAAGGUUUUCUUUUAGACUUUGAAAUGGAAAGACAGAAAUUUGAAGGAAUUUUAAAAGGAGACUAAACCGACUGUCAAAUAAAAUACACUAAGAAACAGAGCGUGUGAGUGUUAGUGUUUAUGAAAAUCGUGUAACUUAAAUCAAAGAUCCGUUCACUUCGUCCCAUCUUUUAUUCAAAUCAGUAUUGACUCUACACAAAUACAAUGACAAUUUCAGUUACAUCUGCGUAAACAAGUUAUACUGACAAUAAAUAAAAUAUUUUCUCCAUAUCUUCUCAGACAGACGUGACAAAUUUAGUCUUCAGGAAGGUCUGCAUACCAUUAUAACGUCACGAAUACAACAUGACUAGUUCCUAUGGUAUAUUUAGAGUAAUUUAGGCCACAAAUAAUCGAACAAAACGGCUGCAAGCUGUUUCAAAGACGUGAACUACAUACACGCCAAUCGUUGAUGGAUGCAUCUCUAGUCAUAUCAAAAUCUUGUUUAUAGAGAAUGCAUGUGGCACGGAGAGAACAAUCCGCCUGAUAAAUGGCGGGCAAUUUAUCAAAGAAUAACAGCGUCCAUUUCUUACAUGUCGACGUCGAAAGCUUCGGAAAGCAGCGAUUGUUUCGUUUUACUUGUAGAAUAUUCGUUGUGACUUUAGUGUUCAUAAACGUGCAAGAUAUAACGGUCAUUUCUGUUGUAGCUUUCUAAUAGACAGGUUAAAUGUAUUUUUUAGUAUUAACAUUAGACAGUAAAUAUUGGUAUACGAAAUAAAAUUAUAUCGCUAAAUUUUUUCAUAUUUAAAAUAUAUCCCUGAAAAAAUUACGUAAACCUACCAACUGGAUUAUCAAACCGAGCUCAAGAAGAAAACAAAAGUGUAUUGUUAACGAGUGGUAUUUGUAAUGUCCGACGACGUCAGGACAUGUUCCCAGGACGCCGUCUGCAUUACGACAAACAAGACUUGUCCUCAGCUAGUUGCGACGAGAAAGAACAGUUUUCAGACAGCCAAAAUGUAUCCGUUUAUCAAAAUACUUUGCUCUCUGGAAUUCAGGAAGUUAGUGUCGUUCGGCACAAGGAAGUAUUAUUCUCAGAAGGCCAUGAUGCCCAGGAAGUGGCUCAAGAGUUAUCCGGAGGUCGUGUUACUCAAGCGGUUCUUCACGAAUUACUUACUUCGUCACAAUGCCAGGAUCAAAACGUAUUCCAAACAGAUCAGGCUUACAGACAGGAUCUGCUUUCUGGAUGUCACACCAGCCAAGAUCGCGGGAUAUUUCCCGAAGACGGUGUUGCCAAAUUACCAGAUGUUAAUGCGUUUUCAGGAAAUUUUAUAUCUGAAGAGACUGUGUCUUCCGAAACUCCUGCUAACCAAACCCAGGACGAAGCAAAAUUUUCUGCAGGUGGAGACAAUGGCAGCAAUGUUGAGGACAUAAUUUCAGUAAAUCGUGAUGUCCAAGAUAUCAUUCCAAGUGGCAAUGUUACACGGCGUAUGGGACAGAACGUAUUCUCAGGAGGUCUUGCUGAUCAACAGUGCAUGUUAUCCGAAGACCACGCCCCCCGACAAUGUGUGUUUCCUGGAGACCGCACUGCUGGGCAGGAAGAAGUUCUUACAGGAAGCCGUCUCACGCAGGUUCUCGACAUCAGAACGGCCCCUCGGCAGCUCGAUAUGGAACUCGACCUCGACUACUUGGAGCGACGGGGAGAACAUGCACGAGAACCCCGCGGCCCGCCACCGGAAACGGAAGCUAGCCCCGACUCGAUGGACUUGGUGAAAGUAAUAUUAUUGGGAGCCCCUGCUGUAGGAAAGACGUCCAUCGUACAGCAGUUCGUGUGGAACGACUUCUCGGAGGAGUACCUUCCGACGGACCAGAAGCAUACGUAUUACCCUUCCGUGAUCAUCAACGAUCAUCUGUAUGAGCUCAAGAUCUCCGACAUCCCCGUGAUCCCCUACUUCCCGGUCAACUCCUACUACGAAUGGACUGACUAUCGCUUCUACGGGCUUCGCAGCGCUACUGCCUACGUCUUGGUGUUCGACCUGUCCAACGCGGACACAUUCCAGUACAUCCGGACGCUGAGAGACCAAAUGUUAGAGAGCCGAGACAUGCGAAAUGUCCCGCUCCUUGUCGUCGGUAAUAAGCAGGACUUGAUUGUGUCUUCCUCCGGUACUGGAGGAGCCUCCGGGGGAAAUGGUGCCACGGGAGGUUCGGGGGCGUCUGGCUCGGGAGGACCAACAGCGGCAAUUGCCGGAAGCAGCAGUGGCGGUGCCAGUGGCAGAGAUGUGGAUUACAGAGAGAAGAGACGUGAUAUAGUAAAUUUGGUGAAAAAGCAUUGGAAAUGUACGUAUGUGGAGUGUAGUGCUAAAUACAACUGGCGAGUAGUCGCUGUCUUCAAGGAGUUGAUGAAGGCAGUAGACUGUCUGGAGACUGGGCAGGCUAACAAGGAAGUAUGCUCUCCCAUAAUGGACAAUCUGCACGAUGCGCUUGACAGGAAUAAGUGUAGCAUACUUUGAACUUCUCCGAGAUCACAGUGUCUUGAAAACUGUUUAUGCUGCAUUAGAGAAUGCACGGACCUGGCAAUUUUAAGACCUAAACAGGGUCUCAGAUCCAAAUUCAUCAUGAUAGUACUCACCAAAGUAAUUGUUAUUAGCUACAAACCUGAUGAAUCAUGAAAAUGUGGAAGGUUACAUUCCACAACAAAGGGGAUACAAUGUAUUUCUAAUAUGUAAAUUAUUUUAUUUAAACAUCCUUCAGACAAUGAGUAAUUCAAUUAAAGAAGCUAAAUUAUCUUCCUGCAGUCUCGCAUCCCCACAUUGUUUUAAUAGACGAUUGUGGACUUCUUCUUUGUAAUAGCGUCUAGAGUUGUAGAUGGUUACCAGGGUUUCGGAGGAACUUUGGUAAAAAGAAACCUACAAGACGACACGGCGUCAUAACCAAGACCACAAUCUAUAUCUUCACCGCUGUGAGAACUUCAAACUCCAGAUGUUUUCAGUGUUCUUUGACAGAGGACAUGGGGCUGUUAACAUUCACAAUCUCCCUCCCUUCCUUUUAUCUAUUUUUCUUAGGACACGUCACUAUCACCUUUGACUUCCUGUGCAAUUUGUUACCGCGAACACUGCAGAGAUAACUGCGUUCGUUAUCAAAUGGUUAAUGAAAUUACUUUUAUUGAUGUCAGGAAAUAUAGGAAUAAAAAUUAACCUCUGUUUCGUGCAACAUGUUAAUUUGUUUACAGCUUAGGAAUGAAAACAAUGGUUGUGUUUGCAAUCACAAAAGUUAAAAAUAGGAUACAUAUUUGCGGUUAUAAUUAAUUUUCAACUACUGUGUGUAAUUUCAAGAAAGCAACAGCGUUUCAACUGAAUUUUAUUUUACUUUUAUCUAUCACAUUAAUGUGGAUAAUAUAUCUAUGAUCAAAAACUGAUUAAUAUGUGAGGUGAGGAUCUCCAUUUCAAUUACAAAAUACUUGUGAAGUAUCCCCUUCAGCCAGAAAGUAUAAAAUAUACUGUCAAACAAAUAACUCAAUUACUGUGUAUUAAAUAUAUACUAUUCAACUAACAAUAUUAUCAAGGUAAGGAGUUAAAAUUAUGUUAUAGUACGUAGUUUACCUUGGCAUUAAUCCUUAACAAUAUACAGAUUGUUAUAUCCAGAGGUUUCUAAGUAAACUGCAUUACAAUGUUGUCGAUUCUUAAGACAAUCAAAUAAUGGUGUCUAAUUAGAGAGUGUCACUGGAUAAACUGAAAACACCCGAGCAAUAUAUCGAUAAAAGUUUAGGACUUUGUUGCUUUUAUAUAACCUAUUACAAGUGUACAGUAUUCAUAUCCACAAUUAAAUAAUACAUUUAUUUGUUAUGAAUGUGAAAUUUUAAGACAUGGUCCACAACCAUUUCUCUUCAGUUCCCGUGUGGCUUGGUUGGAAAGCAAUAACAUGCAAUGUUUCAUUUGUAACGUUACCAUGCUAUUAUUUGAAUGUAUGUACAAUAACUGCAAUAAAUAAAGUAUAGAUCGGCAGUUCUUUCUAUUUUA